ACCACUCAAUGGGGAUGCGGUUGCUUUGGCCUUUUCUUCGUUUGGCUGAUGAUGAUUCCUCUUCCAUCACCAACCCCAUCUCUUUCUUCACUUUUUUAAUUCACAAAUCUCUAUUUUUAAAUCUCAUUAAUCCUACCUAAAUAUAAAUAUAUAAAGUCCCUUUUGCCAUUGAUAGCAACAAAAUCAUCAAUUAAUUUGCAAUAUAACACACACUUACUACUACAUAGUAGUUUGAGGAAUCUGGGAAGAAGCUCCAGUGGCAAAGACUCAACAUUUAAGAUGAGAGGUGGGAGUCUAUGGCAGCUAGGGCAAUCAAUAACCCGUCGUCUUGCUCAAUCUGACAAGAAGGUUGUGUCACGUCGCUACUUUGCCUCUGAAGCUGACCUGAAAAAGACUGCUCUUUACGACUUCCAUGUUGCCCAUGGAGGAAAGAUGGUUCCUUUUGCUGGUUGGAGUAUGCCAAUUCAGUACAAAGAUUCGAUUAUGGACUCAACGGUUAACUGCAGGGAAAAUGGGAGUUUGUUUGAUGUUGCACAUAUGUGUGGUUUGAGCCUUAAGGGUAAAGAUUGUGUUCCUUUUCUUGAGACACUUGUGGUUGCUGAUGUGGCUGGUUUGGCUCCUGGAACUGGGAGCUUAACUGUGUUCACAAACGAGAAAGGAGGUGCCAUUGAUGACUCGGUGAUUACCAAAGUGACAGAUGAACAUAUCUAUUUGGUGGUCAAUGCUGGCUGUAGGGAUAAGGAUUUGGCUCACAUUGAAGAACACAUGAAGGCUUUCAAAUCCAAAGGAGGUGAUGUCUCGUGGCAUAUCCACGACGAGAGAUCUCUUCUUGCCCUUCAGGGUCCUUUGGCUGCUCCAGUGCUUCAACACCUGACUAAAGAAGACUUGAGCAAGCUUUACUUUGGCAAUUUCCAGAUUCUGGACAUUAAUGGUUCCACAUGUUUCCUUACCAGGACUGGGUAUACCGGGGAAGAUGGGUUUGAGAUUUCGGUUCCAGAUGAGCAUGCUGUGGAUCUAGCAAAAGCAAUCUUGGAGAAGUCCGAGGGUAAGGUAAGGCUUACGGGUCUAGGAGCAAGAGACAGUCUCAGGUUAGAAGCAGGACUUUGUCUAUAUGGAAACGACAUGGAGCAACACAUUUCUCCUGUUGAAGCUGGGCUCACAUGGGCCAUAGGGAAGCGUAGAAGAGCCGAAGGUGGAUUUCUUGGCGCGGAUGUGAUUCUCCAGCAGCUUAAAGAUGGACCUACAAUCAGAAGGGUCGGUUUCUUCUCCUCAGGACCACCCGCAAGGUCGCAUAGCGAGGUUCAUGAUGAGAGUGGGAACAAGAUUGGAGAGAUCACAAGUGGAGGGUUUAGCCCGAACCUGAAGAAGAACAUAGCCAUGGGAUAUGUGAAGUCAGGUCAGCACAAGACUGGGACUAAAGUCAAGAUCUUGGUCCGUGGGAAACCAUAUGAAGGCAGCAUCACGAAGAUGCCAUUCGUGGCCACCAAAUACUACAAACCAACAUGAAAUGUGUGUCUCCUUCGUCCAUGACUUUGUCUCUUGCUUCUGUUAAAUGACUUGUGUUUUUCUUCUGUUCUGUUUUGGCCUGAAAAAUGUACGAUAUUUUGCCAAGAGGGCAUUGCUUAUUUCAUUUUUAUUGAAAUAAAUUUAACACAUGUAAUAGUAUCAGAGCCCAUGGUUUUAAUGUGUCUCGAUUGUGGAUCACCCGUGGAUGUCCAGUCCUGAACGUGAAGGAUGUGUGUUAGAAAUUAGAAUAUGUCUCUCAUAUGUAUAUAUAAGUAUGUGAACAAGAACAAGAGGAAGAGGAAGUGGAAGAAGAAUGAUAAGAAGACGAAGGCCCUUGACGUUGUUCAUAAGUUGUAAUAAUGCAGAAUUGGAUUAACUUUCGUCUUCCUCUUAUUCUUCUUCCUUGUAAAAGUUUCAACAACAUAAGAUAGAAUUAUCAUACUUCAUAGUUCACUUCAUACAUACGCAAAACGUUGUCGUUUUUAUUGAGGAGAGAUGUCAAC